AUGGGCGACCACGAGGGUCGCGGGGACGAUUUCGAGAAGAAGGCCGAUCAGAAGCUCUCCGGAUGGGGCCUCUUCGGCAACAAGUACGAGGAAGCCGCCGACCUCCUCGACAGGGCCGGCAACUUCUUCAAACUCGCGAAGAACUGGAGCAGAGCAGCUACGGUAUACAAAAAAAAGAUUGCAGAUUGUCAUUUGCAGGGUGAUAGCAAGCACGAGGCUGCUUCUGCUUAUGUUGAGGCAGCAAACUGCUACAAAAAGUUCUCACCACAAGAUGCUGCACAAGCACUUAACAAUGCCGUUAAUCUUUUCCUGGAAAUUGGUAGACUGAACAUGGCUGCAAGAUACAGCAAGGAUAUCGGUGAAAUCUAUCAGCAAGAACAAGAUUUAGAGAAUGCUGCAGUCUACCUGAAUCGAGCUGCUGAUCUUUUUGAUAGUGAGGGACAAUCCUCUCAGGCAAACAGCAUGACACAGAAAAUUGCAGAAAUAUAUGCUCAGCUGGAAAAGUACCAGAAAGCAACCGAGCUCUUCGAAGAAAUUGCUCGUAAAUCAAUAAACAAUAACCUUCUCAAGUACGGUAUCAGAGGCAUUCUACUUAAUGCAGGAAUUUGCCAACUAUGUAGAGGUGAUACUGUUGCUAUAAAUAAUUCAUUGGAGCGCUAUCAGGACAUUGACCCAACCUUCUCUGGGACACGCGAAUACAAGCUUUUGGCGGACCUUGCAGCCUCUAUGGAUGAAGGAGACGUUGGCAAGUUUACUGAUGCUGUAAAGGAGUUUGACAGCAUGACACGCCUGGAUCCUUGGAAAACAACUCUCCUUCUAAAGGCGAAGAACGAGUUGAAGAAAAAGGAUGACGAUGAAGAUGAUCUAACCUAG